AUGGAUACUCAACAUAUAACAAAACAGGCAAAAACAAAGAAAAAGCCUGGAGUAAAGAAUUUCUUAUCAUCUCCAUAUUCAUUGACUCGGCCCAAACUUGAUAAAGGUGAUAACAAAAACAUACUUGAUGGAAUAAUAAGUGUAUUUCCCCCGGGUGGAAUCAAAAGAGAGAAGCCAAAAGAUGUGUCACAAGGCGAAAGUCAGUUUGUAUCUUGGGAAUUGGUAAAGAAUUCCUUAGUUUUUGGUGUCAAUUCUGUCACAAAAUCUUUGGAGAAGGAUAAUCUUAUGUUAGUUUUGGUGUGUGGAUCAACAAAACCUGCCAUUCUAAGCAAUCAUUUGAUGUUACUAAGUGCUACAAGAUCAACACCUUGUUGUGCAGUGUUUGGUCUUAGUGAAGUAAUGGCUCCUCUUCUUGGAUUAAAAACUGUAGCUGCUUGCGGUUUUAAGAAGAAUAUCACUGCAAACAUUUUGAAAGAUCUUAUGGAAUACAUUGUGUGCAAAAUACCUCCAUUACCAGAACAAUAUCUAGAAGUAUGGAACAACAACGGGCAUGAAAUUUCUGACAUUUCACGAGGUAUUCGUGAAAACAAAAUGCAAGGUGGUGUUAAUCGGAAUGUUUCAAACUUACCUUCCCAAACCGAGCUAAAUAAAGAGCAAAGCCAAAAGAACACUUCUGUUUUGCGAGGAAAGAAAAGGAAACUUGAUGCUACCUACGUUAAAACUAAAAUCAAGACAUUACACCCAAGAGAAACGCCAAAAAUUAAAAAGAAAAGGAAAUUUCUGAAAAAACCUCGUAAGCCUUAG